AUGGAUAAAGGGCAAGUGAUGAAGAAGGAAAAGUCAAGGGAUGGGAAAAGCGAAAGGAUGAAUUUGAGAGAAAUAGAAGAAGCAAAGAAAAUAAGAAAUUUAGAGAAUGAAUCAAAAUUUAAAAAGUUUUGUGGAAGUACUGAUUUUGUGCUAGAUUUACCGAAUAUUGAUGAAAGUGUAAAGUUUUUAAAGUAUGAUGUAGACAACGAAAUUUUAAAUUUUAAUUAUACAACAAUGAUAUUGAAUGAAAAAAUAGAGCGAUUAAAUGAUGCAGAGAGGAAUAUAUAUAUACCCAUGGAUUUACCAAUUUCAUAUUCCUUUAACAUACAGAAUAAUGAUGAUAUACAUAAUUGGAUAAAGGAACAAAAAAAAAAUGAAAAUCAAAAGCAUGAAAACAUUGGAGGAUCGCAUAACCAAGUGAGUCUAACCGAUAAGAUGAAAGAAAUUUCAUCCCCCCUUCCAAUUGUACACACGUUUGAAAAAGAUGAUUUUGAAUUGUUAAAUAGAGUAUUUCCACAAUAUAUUAAAAGUAUCAAAAGUAAUUUGUCAAAAUGUGAGGAAAAGAAAAAUAGAAAUAAUUUAGGAGAACAUUCUGGCACGAACGAAAAAAAUACUAAUGACUAUUCUAAUAAUUCUUCUGAGUUGAAAUCGAAAAAUGUAAAAAGGAAAAUAUCAUAUAAUCAUUAUUUUCAACAUCCAUUAAAAAAACAUGCAAAAGUAAAAAACAUUUACCCAGUGUUGCCAAAUAUACCUUUGUGGAACAAUACAUAUAUACAAGGUAUUAUGGAAAUAGGAAAUUCUAAUGAUUAUAUGAAAGUACAAACAUGUGAUGAUCACCAAGAUGAUUAUAAGAAAUUAUUAAACAAAAGUUCAAAUCCAAAUGGACAUAAUAAAACAAACAAGGGAAGUAAUAAUAAUAAUGGUAUCCUUGGGUUACUACAUUUGGUAGAGAAAAAUAGAGAUAAACAUUUAUACGGAUUGUACAAAAAGCAUGACAUUCACAAUGAUGAGUACUUGCUAAAAAAAUUUGAACACACAGAUAAAAGUAUAGGGAGAAUAGAAAAUUCGGGUCCUAUUACUACAGGCAAUCUUAGUGAGCAUGCAGAUCGGACAAAUCGAGAUUCCAUGGGAAAUGAAGUUCAUCAGAGAGCCCAUGACAAGGUAUCCGCAGGUGAUGCAACUACUGCUGGUACAGAUAGAACAGACGAGCAGAGAAUGAAGAAAUCGAUGGAUAGCAAUCCUGUGAAAAAAGAAAGAAAAAAAAUCAGUUUAAGUAAAUUUCUCAUAAAAAAAUAUAUUUUAAAAUUAAAAAAAAGAGAAAAGUUAAAAAAUAAAUUAUCGAAUGAAUUAGAAAUAUCAUCACAUGCAACGAAUAAACAAGGAGAAAUUAUAAAAUCAAAAGAUGAAAGAAGUGAUUCAAAAGAAUUACAGAAUAGGUGUAAGCAUGUAACCUUUAACAACACAGAAAAAUGUGAAUACAUAGAAGAAGAGAAAAAAAAAGAUACUAAUGAACAUGAAGAAAAAAGUGAAACUGUCCUACAAAAAAAUAUUCCUUCUUUUCAAAAUAACCAACUUUAUGAUAAUAUGGAAUGUUUCAAAUAUGUACGGGAUUAUAAAACCCCAUCUUUUGCUAUUAAUGAAAAUGAUCCGCUUUCUUAUGUCAUAGGUUUUAACAAAAAUAAUUUGGCUUUUAUAUUCCCGAUUGUAUCAAGAAAAAUUAUUUUUUCCAAAACGGGACAGCAGAAAAGAAAAAAUUACAUAUUAUUAACAGAGGAAUAG